GAUGAUGGUUUUCUUCAAGUGAUUGAUUGCGACCAUUUGACUCCUUGAUCCCUAUUAGAAAUCUUUUUCCUUUUAUCUUUUAUCCGCAUUUCAAUUGAUUCAAGCUCGGAUCUUUGUUCGAGUUUGUGCGAUCGAUCUAAAAGGCUAUAAGGAUGGUGAAACCAUCGGAUUUUAGAUCAGUUCAUGGGUUUAUCCGGUUGCAUUACAGUCGGGUCAACCCGGUUACCAUCGGCCGGUCAAACCCACCGCCUCUGUCUUCUCCGGCUAUUCCUUCGAACAGUGUUCCCCAGCUCCAGCCUAGGUUCAGCUUCCACAGCUUAUCUUCCAAACCCACUUCCACAAACGUGGGAUUCUCAUCACAGGUUCUGUCUUGUCCUAAGCUCAAUCCUAAGUUGCAGGCUUUGGGUUUGCCUCGUGUGAAUGUGAACUAUUCAUCGGCGUUUAGAUUGGUCUCCACUAAAAGCUCUGGAUUUCGAAAAGUCGAUGGCAAUUUCGCGAGAAAGGUUGUUGAUAGGCCUGUGAAAGCUGUUAGUUCAACUUUUGCUAGAUACCGUGAGGCUAUAGGGUUGCACAUUGAUGCCUUUUGGAAGAAGAAUAGUCUCAUUCUAUUUGGAGCUGGAGGAGUUUUUGUAUGUAUUUUCCUUUGGAGGAUUAUGUUUGGAAUUGCCAGCACUUUUGUUGGUCUCUCAGAAGGCAUGGCCAAGUAUGGGUUUCUUGCACUCUCCUCAGCCAUCGUAGCAUUUUCUGGAUUAUACCUCCGCUCAAGGUUCACAAUAAAUCCCGAUAAAGUUUACAGGAUGACCAUGAGAAAGAUCAAUACGGCAGCUGAAAUUCUUGAAGUUAUGGGCGCUCCUCUGUCAGGAUCAGAUUUACGAGCUUAUGUGAUGUCAGGUGGUGGCAUAACAUUCAAGAAAUUCAAACCAACAAUUAGGAGCAAACGAUGCUUUCUCCUAUUCCCUGUUCAAGGCUCUGAGAGAAAGGGACUUGUUAGCGUCGAAGUGAAGAAGAAGAAAGGCCAGUAUGACAUGAAGCUUUUGGCGGUGGACAUUCCAAUGGCGUCUGGUCCUGAUCAGCGGUUAUUUCUGAUUGGCGAUGAAGAAGAGUACAGAGUCGGUGGUGGUUUAAUCUCCGAGUUAAGAGACCCUGUUGUGAAAGCCAUGGCAGCAACUAAGGAGUUCGAUAAUCUUGACAGAAUCGAAGAGGAAGAAGACGCUGAAAGAGAACUUGAAGAAGCUGAAAGAAAGCACCGUGAAGAGAUCGAGAAGCUCGAAAAAGAGAGCUCUUAAUUCCUUUUUUCUUCCCCAGAUAACUUGAACACUUUUUUUUCCAGAUCUUGCAUACUCAUCAGUGGAUAUAAUAAAAACAACACCUUGAAUC